AGUCGUGACGGUGUUAAGUGAAACGACCGCUAAAAAAUACAACAAAAUUUUUAAACGGUUAACAUAUUCGAAGAAGAUAAAAAAGUAAACAAAAAUUAAAUCAAAGCAAAUGUCUACAAGGAAAAAAGUUUAAAUAAAACGGCUUGCAUUUAAAAACAAGAAUAAUAUAUCGAUCUAUAAAACAAAUACUCAAUGGUAUAACUUUUGACUAAAGCAAGAAAAAAAACAAAUAACUACAACAAGACUGACUGGACGCGCUACAUCCUACCAACAUCAACCAUUUCAGUAUUAAACCAAAAUUCCAAAUAGGCAACAAAAAACGGCAAAAGAAACAAUAUUUUGUCGUUUUUUAUUACUUUUGUGCUGCCUUACCUUUCUUCACGGCUUAUGCAUAUGCAUACAGGUUUGGGUUCGCGUUAGACUGUAUGUGUGUUUUUGUAUCUCUGAAUGCAUAUUUGCGGCUUGUAACCUUUGUGAGGCGCAAGCGCAUCUAAGCUAGCAGAGAGAGAGAGAGUAACGGACUACAAAAACCAAUUCGUGUUUGAUUUUUGGUGUUCAAACAGUAACAUGGCAAACUAAAAACAUACUAAGAGAAAGAAGGCGUAGGCGUUAAUUGAUCAAAAAAAAAAAUCGAACAUUUGUGUUUUGUAAUCGCAUUGUAAAGGACUUAAAGCUAAGCCUUAAGCAAGAACAAAGAAAAAAACUUGUUCAAAAAGAAAUUUUGAAAAUAUUACAAAAAAGCAAAUUAUAACUUAUUAAAACAUAUCCUAACUAAAGUAUUUAAUGUGAAAACAAACAUAAACAACAUUUAUUAACAAACAAAACUCUCAUAAAUCCAUUUAAUAAGUGGAAUAUUUUAUAAAAAAGUGUUCAAAAUAUAUCUUGAAGUUGUCGUUUUUUUUUAAAUACUCAACAACAACAUUAUCCAAUAAUACAACAAUAUGUCAUCAACCUCUUCGGAAUCGAAUUUGAAACACAACCGGGCCUCAUUGGCCACUGAGGAAAGUUCACAUCUUUUAGAAAAGGCAGCCAGCGGUGAAAAAUAUGGCUCACAGAAAGCGGACCAGGAUUCUUUGCUCGACAACAUGGUUCUUGGAUCCACUGAAUCCCCCUCCAGAACCUUUCCGCAAUAUGUGGCAGCCCUAGCAGCCGCUGGUGGAGCCUUUGCUGCCGGUUCUUUGCUUGGUUGGACCUCACCGGCCCAAACACCUUUGACAAAUGGCGAAUAUGGAUUUCCUGUGAGCAAAGCUGCCUUCUCAUGGAUAGGUUCUGCCAUGACUUUGGGUGCAGCUUGUGUCUGCAUACCCAUUGGUUUUCUCAUCAACUUCAUAGGCCGCAAGCUGACCAUGUUGCUGCUGGUGCUACCCUUUACCGUUGGCUGGGCUAUGCUGAUUUGGGCCCAAAAUGUUGAAAUGAUGUAUGCGGCUCGCUUUAUUCUGGGUAUCUCAGGUGGAGCCUUCUGUGUUACAGCGCCCAUGUAUACGGGAGAAAUUGCCCAGAAGGAAAUUCGAGGAACAUUGGGCAGCUUUUUCCAGUUGAUGAUAACCGCAGGUAUCCUCUUUGUGUAUGCCAUAGGAGCUGGACUCGAUGUCUUCUGGAUGAGCGUGGUCUGUGGCAUUUUGCCUUUAGUGUUUGGAGCUAUCUUUGUCUUUAUGCCUGAAUCUCCCACAUAUUUGGUUUCCAAAGACAAGAACGAAGGUGCUAUCAAAUCCAUACAAUGGCUGCGUGGCGAGGAAUACGAUUAUAAAAUGGAAAUUGAAGAACUCAAAGAAACCGAACGUAAAAUCAAAGAGAAUCCCGUAUCCGUUGGCACUGCCCUAAUGCGUCCAGUAACCCUCAAGGCCUUGAGCAUUAGCCUGGGUCUUAUGUUCUUCCAACAGUUGUGUGGUAUUAAUGCUGUAAUCUUCUAUUCAACCGAUAUUUUUGUGGAUGCCAAUACCGGUAUUAAUGCCAAUCUCUCAACUAUUGUUGUUGGUAUUAUGCAAGUGAUCGCCACCUUUGUCUCCGUUAUGGUUGUCGAUAAACUAGGACGUCGUCUCUUACUCUUGGCCUCUGCUUGUGUUAUGGCUCUUUCGACCAUUGCCAUGGGUAUUUACUUCUACAUGCAGGAGAAGGAUGCUAGCUCCGUGGACAACCUUGGUUGGUUACCCGUUUCCAGUUUGUGUGUCUUCAUUAUUAUGUUCUCGAUUGGUUUUGGACCUGUACCAUGGUUGAUGAUGGGCGAAUUAUUUUCAUCGGACAUUAAAGGUGUGGCUGGAUCUAUUGCCGGUACCUCGAAUUGGGUGUUGGCCUUUAUUGUUACCAAGACCUUUGAGGAUUUAAAAGGCGCCUUGGGAGCUGGCCCCACUUUCUGGCUAUUUGCUGGCAUCACCAUUGUUGGAGCUAUCUUUGUGUUCUUCUUUGUGCCAGAGACCAAGGGUAAAAGUUUAAAUGAAAUUCAACGAGAAUUGGCUGGUAACCGAAAUGAACAACCCAGUAGUAUAAAUGCUCUCUAAGAAAGAAAAAGCAUCUAUAAGUUCCAGAUUUUUUGAAUGAAGGAAUUUAAAGACUUUGUAGAUAACAAUGUAGAGAGAGAGAGACAGAAAGAUAGAAGCCAACUGUUUACAAGAAAGACAUGCUUAAAUUUAGUUUACUUGUUAUCAUAAUUGAAACAAACGUUUUUGGUGUUAUAUGUUUUUGGCUACGUUACCCCCCACCAUCUUCUGUGUAACACCUUGUUCAGAAAAUUUUACAAAAAAUCUUUUAUUGUUUUAUUUAAAUUAGUUUAAGCUUUUUUCAUAUGAUUUAUGGCUUAUAAUAUCAUACUUUUCCAAUGUUUGUAUUGGGUUGUGACCAUGAGAGGCAGCAGUUCUCCUAUGGUUAUGGCAUGAUAUAUUGAUAGAAUGGGAUGCAAUUUUAGAACAAAAUUUUAUUGGGUAUCUAUUACCAAAUAUCCCCCCACCAAAUAUAAAAAAAAACUAAAAAAGAAAUUUUUUUUGGCAUAAGUUGGUAUAAAAUGCUCUCUAAUACUUAGAGAAUUCAAAAAUUCAGAUUUGUUGGAACAAACCAUAAGUUGAAUACAUUUUCAAUUUUAUUUAAUUUGAAAUAUCAAAUAUGGUUUUCUAUAGAGCAAAGAAGUACAUAUGGAUAUAGCAUAGUCUAGAUUAUGUUUGCUAUAAACAGUUUAAACUGCUCAACAUUUGGACACUAUGCUUCUAUAUUUGUUUAAAAAAUUCUUCCAAAUAUAAUAGAGAGGAUUUAUACAAAGUUCUUUACGAUCCUUUGAGCUUAAAAGCUUGAUAAGAAAGAAGUACAUUCGCCAUUUCUAAAUUGAAUAAUUAUAGCCAAAUUUACAAAUAUACUAAAACUUCAAAACAUAUCACAAAAUAAUUUAGAAAAACAAAAAAAUAAUACAACAUAUUCUUUAUGUUAUCUUUGAAUAUCACUAAAGUGGGAAAUGAUUAGCAGUAAUGAGCAAAUUCUACGACACUCAAAAAUAAGUAGUAAGCAUUGGUAUGUUCUGGUUAUUAUGAGCAUGUUAAGCAACACAAAAAAAUGAGAAGUAGGAAUAGUUAUGUUCUAAAACACUGAUAAUUAUGAAUUCUCAAAUUGCAAAUGCAAAUUUACCCAUGAUCAUUCCAUUAAGGAACGGGGAUUAAUUCCCAAAUUACAACUUUUUUUACCAGAAGUGUUACUUAGUGGCUAUUUAUCAUUGAAUUACAACAACAAAGUUAUGAUUCUACUACUCAUAUGUCGGGCCUAUUCCCGGCGUCGUUUUUCCUUCGCUUUUGGAAACAACUUGAGUUCAUUACUUCAAAAAGAGAACAGAAUAGAAUAAAUCUGUCUGCUACUUUGAUUAAGUAGUAUGCAUCUAUAUGUGGACCCCUGAAUAUUUCAAAUUUACCAGAUGCUUUCUGUUCUACAUAUUUCUUGCAAAUUGUAUUUAUAUAGAAAUGCCAUGCCCUAUACGUUGUAUCAAUUUCGCAUUGUUUAAACUGCAACAAACCUAUAAAUUGAUUUUUACAUUAAAAUCUAAGUUUUAUUGUGUCCUAAACCAAUUUAAAUUUUGUUUGUAACAAAGGCCUGCGCAAGAGCAUUCAUUGGCGACUGUUUUACUGAAGACCGAAACACUGAAGACGGUGUAAAACGCACAAGUUACUGUUGGGUAGAUAAUUUUGAAAAACAACUCUCCUUUACUGCUUGAUAGUAUUUUUAUUUUGAAUUCAUCGCCGCUGCAGUGACAUAUAAGAAAUAACUCACUGCACACUUAGUCAUAGUAAAGCGUCUCGCUGUCAUUUUUAAAAGAUGAACUAAAAAACCUAUGUGUGUGUGUUUACCCAUGCUUUUGUCAAAUAAGCCACGUUGCCUUCGUACGAAUUUGGUACUACGAAAGCAGACGACAAGAAAAAUACCUUGUCUGAAGCAAAAUGUACCCGAAUAAAUCCAUUGUACAACAUGCACUUACUGAAAUCUGAAUCAAUCUUUCUUUUUGCAUUCACUCAUCUCGUUGUCUUCGUGUCUUGUUAUCUGUUUUUAUCUUUUUAUCGAUUUUUAUACCACCAAAAGAUGAAUAUAAACUUUAGAUUCAUCUUUUGGUUGUAUAAAAACCAAAUAUUUUUCAACUCCAUAUGUACUUCUUUCUCUACAAAAUACCCCCGCCCUGUUCAUCAUGCGGUACAACAAAAAAGAAUAAAACGCAUUCUAGAAUUAUGUAUUUCAUAUAUUAAUAAGUGUAUAAAUGUUAUUCUAAAAAUAUUAUGUAAUGUAAUCAAGAAUUUAUUGUUUAAUAUUUUUAUUAUAAUUUUAAAAUUAUUGUUAAACAUCUCGUUUUAAUUUCUUUUUUGCCUACAAUUACAAUUUAUGCGUAUGUGUGCUUAUUGUUGUUUGUUCAAAUCAAAGCCCUAAAAUUACUAUAUCCUCAUGAAUCGUUUAUAUUAAUUUCUUUAAAUCCGUAGAAACCCCCCAAAAGAAAAAGACUGAAAUAUUUUUGUGAAACAUUGCAUUUGAUGUUAUUGCAUUUCUUUACAUGUUACCUUUAGGGGUUUUCGAGGUUACUAUGUCAAUGAUAUUCUUAUAAAAAUCCAAGUUGAAUUUUUGUAACAUUUGUAAUCACAUAAAUAAAUUUUAUAAUAUAAUAUGAUUUUAGGGUAGUUGAAAGGAAAUGUAAAAUUAAUACACUGUAGAUUAAAUUUUGUUUUUUGAUUGACACGUUUUGAGGCGUUCCUUUGAAAAUUUCCGUAAUAAAGAAGAUGAGAUGUCACUUUCUUUGACAUUUCAUAUGACAUUUGUCAAAUUAAAUUUUUCGUACAUAUCAAAUGAUGGGUAAAACUUUCAGAUUUGUUAAUUAUAAAAUUACAUAUGAAAAGACUUAUCGUGUAAUAGCAGCUUUACAAGAGGAAGAAAAACAUCUGUUCGAUGCUGCAAAUUGCUGCUAAGAAAAAACCUCCAGCAAGUUCCCAAUGACCGAAAUAUCAAAAUGUUGCUAGCUCUCACGCACUCUCCUGCUGGCAAGUAAAGUUCGCGAACGACUUCCAGCAACAAUUUGUGCAAAUUUGCCCACCUUUAACAUAUCAAACUAUUUCUCUAUGUCUCAUAUCGUACAUGUAAACAAAACUCACAGUUGCUUUGUCUGAAAAUUUUUCAUAUAUACCAAAUUUGAACUCAGCAGUGUACCUGUAUACAAACUUUACAUUGUUACAUGCUUGAAGUCAGCCAUUUUUACGGAGUUAAUUUUUCAAUUCUAAUGUUUCCGUAUAUGUCGAUAUUGUUAUUGGAGACUAUUCUAUUAAUUCAUUAAAAAUAAGAGUUAAAGGUGUUCGGAGAGAAAAAAGACAUUCAGGCCCCUGGGUCAUGCGUAGCUAGCGUAUUUUUUAUUUACUUUCAAAAUCAUGUCAUAAAGGUACCGCAUAGAAUUCAACAUUAUGAAUGAACCACAGGCCACUCCUGGUUCCACUAUACCCCAAUUUGGGAUGCCCGAUUUGUCACUACUCUCAAAGAACUGUUGUUGGAAUCCUAUUUUAUUUCGAUCGGCCAGUAUGUCCAUUUAAGGGAGAUUUUUUUUGGGUGGGGGCACACUUAUUCCAAGUUUGGAUGUUAGAUUCGUACUGACUCAGACUCACGUCUAUUCUUUGAAUAUUUUGGAGCUGGUGGACAGGGAAUAAAGUUAUCAGCGCCAUGGGUCAUUCACUGAUUCACAUUAUUUAAUUUGUUAUCAACUUUCAAAAUCACGUAACAAAGGUACCCCAUCGCAUAAAACAUUGUGAAAGAGGCACAGUUAACCCUAGGUUCCGUUAUACCCCAAUUCAGGACGCCAGAUUUGUCAAUACCUUCACAGAACUGCUAUUGGAGCCCUAUUUUGUCCCCAUAGUCCAAUAUGUCGAUUCAGGGCAUUCUUUAGGCUUGGGCACACUCAUUCCAAAUUGGGAUAUUCAAUUCAUACUCUUCUCCCACAGACUUUUCUUUGAAGUACGAUAUUGUCCCGAUUGGCCUAAAUGUCCGAUUGGUUGAUAUUUCGAAAUAAGGCAGACACCUAUUCUCUAAUACCAAGGGUUGAAUUACCUAAGAAGUGAAAUCCUUUAAAUUCUUUAUUGGACGAGAAUUUUGGAAAUUUAACAACAUGAAAGUUUAUAUCAAUUAUAAUAUAUACAUAACAAUUUUGACAUUAAAAUGAGAAUAAAAGUCGUAUAUCAUUAAUUGAAUACGAGAUAAAAUUUCGUUCGAUAUGAAUGUGUAAGAUAUGUACUUUACUCUCAAAAACCUUUUGUUUGAGUCCCAUAUUUUGGGCAAAUCCACAGAUACUUAUUACUUAUAUAGUAUAAAAUUCCUAUUCUACUCUCAAAUAUCGUUUAUCUGAAUCCUAUAUUGUCCCAAUAGUUCUACUUAUCCGUUUGGAUUUGGUUUUUUGGGUUUGGGGGUAGGGUGGCUCCCAGACUUUUGGUGCCAGAAAAAUACCAUUAAAAAUAUUCUGGCAAUUGGUUUGGAGGAUUAUAGGUUGUCCGGGUUUUAGGUUUUAAAGACUUUUCAUUUCUCUCAUUUUGUCUCGAAUGGUCUACUUUUCAUGUUGGUGGUUUUUUGGGUACGGGCCGGCGCUUAGGUACUUAGUCGCUAAUAUUCGUAGCAGAUUCUUACUCUAAUUGCAAAUACCAUUUUGAUUGAAACCCAUAUUACCCAAAUCGGUAAACAUAUUCAUAUAGGGGUUUUUGAAUUUUCGGACGGCCUUAUAUACCUUCCAUUUGAUACCCAUAUUCCCCAAAUCAGUAAAUAUCAUCUUUUGGGGGGUUUCGGUUCUUGGGACGGCCACCAGACACUUGAAUCUAAAUGCUUAUGCCAUCUACUCUUGAAUACCUUUCAAUUGUUAUGUUAGGUAAGAUCUAGAACAAUCAAUACUGCAUAAAAAAUGAAUUCAAUUUUUAUUGUCGUGUUCUGCAGCAACUCAAAAUAAGUAGCACGAAUAGAUAUGUUCUAGAACAAAAGCUCCCAGGAACAACUGGGAGGAAAAAAUUCAUUUCAAAAACUAUCGAUUAGUUAAUUGACAUGUUCAGCAACAAUUAAAAGCUUCAUAAAAGAAAGUUUUUAAAAUUUUAAACAUUAGAAUUUAAAAUGACCAGGUAAAUGGAAGUUUUAAAGUAAUUAUAUAAAGGAAUUUCUUAGAUUUUUUUCAGCAAAAAUUCCAGAAAACUGCAAUGUCAACAAUUUUCCGUUUCCCUUUCUUAUCAGUCAAAUGGCCUCACUAUAAAGCACACAUAUGCAAAACAAAACUUGUUUUCCAUCAUUUUUUAAAAUGUUUCAUUUUAAUAAAAUAAUUUGUUGAAACAAUUUUCUUUUUAAAUCUUAUAAGCAAAUUUAAAGCGCAAAACAGCAUUGUUACCAUAUUUUUCAAAAAAAAACAAACAAGCAAUAUCAAAUAAUUUAUUUAACAUGUUUUGUGUUAAAAUUUUUGAAAACAUAUACCUAUGGAAAAAUCAUGCACAUUCAUAUAUGUUAAUUAUAAAUACAAAUUAAUUCACACAAAUUGUCAAAGUUGUAAACACCUAUUCAGAAAGCAUUUAAAGAAUAUUUGUUAUUAAAAAAUUUAAAAAUGAUACCAUAUACAUAUAUUAUAUCCAAAUUCCCAAAUAAUUUCUGUUAAAAAAAAUUUUAUUUCAAAUUAGUUGUUCAACAUACACAAUAUAUUAAUUUAUUUUUUUUUAUCAUUUUAGUUUAUAAGACAGUAAGAAAAACAAAAUAAAAAGUUCUACAUUUGGUUUACAACAAGCAAAUAUUUUGUUUUUUAUGUCUAUUAUUAUUAUUUACACAUCACAUUGAAUAUAUUUUGUAAAACAUAUAUAUCUAUUUAAAAAAUGUUUUAUAAAAUAAAUUUUAUAUUUUAUACAUCACUCUAAAACAAAAACACAAUACUGAGUUUCAUUAAAUUUUUUUGUUUAUAUAUUUAUACUUCAAUUUUGUUGUAUUGUAUCGGCUAUAGGUCCAUUAAAAUAUAAAUAUUUAAUGUUUUUUCUUUUAUUUCAUUCCAAUGUUAGACUCCAUCUACCAUUUUCAGGGCAAGAUGGAUUAAAACAAAAAACAAAAAAACGCAAACUUUAGUAAAAGCGAAUCACACAAUAAAAACAGAAAUACAAUAAGAA